AUGGUAUCGUAAUAUCGUACUCGUCGGUCAUUAUAUAGUCGCUCAUUAGUCAUUACUCAUUACUCGGUAUGGUUACUAAUUAUAAUAUUUUUUGCUCGUUACCUUAAUCUCUCAAUCUCGACACUCGAGUAGUGCGUUGUGCAUUUGUGUGUAGUGCGUACCACUACGCAUAGUUGCCUACAUUAGUUAUCAGUUUUUAAUGUUAUUGUUAUUGUUGUUUGUAUAUUCUAAAUUUCUUAACGUUAUUUCAAUGUCGUCUCGACUACGAUUUUAAUACGCCUCGACUAAAUUAUAUUUGUUUAUCGUGUUACACGAAGAUAAUACCGCAGAAUAGACGUGAUGCUAAAAAACUAAAUACACAACACAAGACACGGGCAAAACAGUACAACAAUUUUUUUCACAGUUGUGUGUCUUGAUUAAUAAUGAUUAUAAAUAUUAUAACAAUAUUAUGUAAAUCGUAGCGGCCUACUGUUAUCGGAAUUAUUCAGAAUUUAUUAAAUUUAAUCACGUGUAACGUUAAGCGUCGAGUCAUAUUUUGAUAUCGAAAUUCUAAUCUCGAGUGAAUAAUACAAUACACUAUACAAUUUGAGUAAAUACCGACAUUGCGGUGUCGGCAUCGACUAUCGUGUGUAAUAUUUUUUAAUAUUAACGUAAAAAAAAAAAAAAAAAAAUGUGUUUCGCCAUUGUACAACGUACAGUAAACGGUAUACUAACCACCGCCUGCCUUUAACAGCGUCAUAAAUCAUCCAUGAAACUCGUCGCCCUCAAUCAUCAGUCUGACGUUAAGUAGCGGUUGAAAAUUCGAUUUGAUGGCGAUGUGAACGCAUGUUUGUAAAUCACAACAUUUUCAUAGGCAUCGUCGUUUAUAUCCGUUACAGUCUUUUACAGUGGUUGGCAUGGAUCUCAAUCAGUCCCCCCAAAACAUCUACUACGAUUAUUUGUACACGAUCAAUCCGAUAGCUGAACGCAUACGCAAGGAUGUUGACGCUGCCAAGGAUUCGUAUCAAUAUCUAUGGCUUGAGCUGACUCUUGACGAACAAAACAAGAUACUAGAGGAAUCGAUUAUCAGUCCGGAAGCUGUGCUGAAAUAUUCAAAAUACAAAAAACCAGAUAAAAAAAUUUCAGAAGGUGGAUUUUCUUGGUUUACACGAAGUCAGUUGGAUCUAUGCAAACACAUUGAUAGUGUCCGAGAGAACUUCUCUGCAAAUGAAUGUAAAGCUACAGUCGUGAAACAAAUAGUAACUAAAGAAUCGCAAGACAACAAACUCAUGAGUAAAAUUAAAUCUAAUGCUCUUUUCAAAUCGCUAAUGCCAACUGAAGACAAAAACAAAGCUGUAAAAAGUGAUAGAACAAAGCCUAAAUGUCCUCCACCACCACCACCACCACUAUCACCACAAGUCAUAAAUCCUAAACAAACAAUUCAAGAUUCUACUUAUAAUUUUCUUAAUAAUGACAAUGAUGAUGAUGAUGAUGAUAAUGAUGGUGAUGAUAAUCAUGAUAAUCAUAAUAUAGAGACCUGUCCAAAAACAGGAUUUGAUUUUUUAGUUAAUUGGUAAAAAUUCACUAUAUAAGUGGCCAUAAUACAAACAAAUUGGUUUGUAAACAAAUUUCAUAAUUAACAAUUGUAUAGAAUUUUAAAGAUAUUUAUACGAUUUGAAAUGUUGUAUUAGAUAGAGUGGUUAACUACUAUUAGAAUUAUUUAUGUAUCAAAAUAAUUCUAUGGUAUAAUAAUAAUUUCAAAACUAUUAACUUUUAUAUAAACUUCCUAAAUAACUUAAGUAUUACCUAAUA